AUGGAGUCAUUCAAGAAUGAAAAUAUUAAUGUGGAAUUUUCAGAUGUUAAGAGAAGGAGAACUUCUUCUAAGAAGAACGGAUGCCCGGCUGUUUCAAAGUUCAAGAAUCUUCGAUGUUCUUUAAUGUUCUACAUUUAUGUGUUUGUUGAAGAUCACAACCAUGAACUUGUUGCUCAAGAUCAGUUGCACUUAUUAAGGAUUAAUAGGAAAAUGGAUUUUCUUGAUGAAUCCUUUAUACAUAAGGUUGGUACUUGUAACAUUGGUGCUUCAAAAGCUUAUACCUUGGAUGAAGAUUCUGAUGAUUUUUAUCGAAAUAGUAUUCCUUCUCAUUGUCCUAAUACUCGUUAUAAGGAUGUUUUGCUAAUUCAUAGAGUGAAUUUUUAUAGAGUUAUAAAUUGGAGAUGGGGAAAAGAUAUCAUAGCUGAUGGAUUGUUGAGAAAAAGGUACUCAUAUCCUCAUAAAGGCAAUAAAAAUGAAUGUUUGAUUCAAGAUGCGUAUGCUAUUCUUCGUUUGUCCAUUAACAAGAAAGAAAAUAAUGAGGAUGAGUUUGCUAAAUAUAUAAAGCAACUUCAGGAGGUUGAUAGUGGUAUUCCUUUAUGUACCUCAUCAAGGGUAUCUUCGAGUAGAUCAGCUCACAUUGAAAAAAUUAUUGGAGUUGCAAUACCUGAUGUUAUCAACAUUCAUAAUCCAGAGGGGAUCAGAAACAUUGGAUGUGCCAGUGGUAAAAGAAUCAAGAGCACUAGAGAGAAAGUGAUUGAGAAAUCUAAAAAGGGUUCUAGGUUGUGCAAUUUAUGUCAUAAACCAAAUCACAAUGCUAGGAGUUGCAUUUUGAGGUUAAAGAAGUCUGAUUUAGAAUCUGAGGUUACGAAAGGCUGA